GUUGACGGCUUGACGCUAAUGACAUAGCCUCACUGACUGCUGAGUUUUAAACCCAAAAAUGUCAAUUGGGUAGACCUAUUUAUCUGCAAAGGACUUGCUCGUGAAGCCGGUAAGUGACACACCAAAAUCCAAAUGGCAGCCGUGGCUACUUCUGCUACGAGGACUCUCCUUAGUUCCCAUCACAAACUCUUUAUCUCGCCAACUUCCACAAGUUCAAAGAUAACUAACCUUUUCCUUAACAAUUACCGAAACAAAAUUAAGACUUCUGUUUGCUUUUCUUCCAUCAGCUCCCUCCAAUCUUCUCAAGAAACCCAAACCCAAACUCACAGCCGUCUCAAUGUAAUUGAUAUCCUUGAAAAACGAGGCUUGCUUGAAUCAAUCACCAGUGACAAUCUCAGGUCUCUCGCUUCUUCCCGUGACAAAACUCUCAAAGUCUACUGUGGUUUCGACCCUACUGCCGAGUCUUUGCACUUGGGUAAUUUACUUGGCAUCAUUGUUCUCUCUUGGUUCCUCCGCAGCGGCCAUCAAGUUGUCGCCUUGAUAGGCGGCGCCACCGCUCGUAUAGGAGACCCAUCUGGGAAAUCGCUUGAAAGGCCGGAACUUGAUCCCCAAACAUUGGAUAAGAACGCUUUAGGUAUCACUAAUAUUAUUUUAACGAUUUUUAAUUCCAGUAAUGUUGUGAUUUUGAAUAACUAUGAUUGGUGGAAAGAUGUUUGCUUGCUGGAUUUUCUCAAACAAGUGGGUCGAUUUGCUAGAAUUGGUACCAUGAUAGCUAAGGAAAGUGUGAGGAAGAGGUUAGAAUCAGAGCAAGGGUUGAGUUACACUGAGUUUACAUAUCAGUUAUUGCAAGGAUACGAUUUCCUUUACUUGUUUCAAAACAAGGGUGUUAAUGUUCAGAUUGGGGGAAGUGAUCAGUGGGGUAAUAUAACUUCUGGGACUGAUCUUAUUCGCAAGAUUUUGCAGCCAGAUAGUGAUAAUGAGGCUUAUGGCUUGACAUUCCCUCUUUUACUUAAGAGUGAUGGCACCAAAUUUGGUAAAUCAGAGGAUGGUGCCAUUUGGCUCUCUCCAUCAAUGUUGUCUUCCUACAAGUUUUAUCAGUAUUUCUUCUCUGUUCCGGAUGCUGAUGUGAUUAGGUUUCUUAAAAUUCUUACUUUCUUGGACCUGGAGGAGAUUGAUGAGCUGGAGAGGGAUAUGAAGAGACCUGGUUAUGUCCCUAACACAGCUCAGAAGAGACUUGCACAAGAAGUUACCCGUUUCGUUCAUGGUGAAGAGGGUUUGAAUGAGGCUCUUAAGGCUACUGAAGCUUUGAGGCCUGGAGCUGAGACUAAGUUGGAUGUGAAGACCAUUAAGGCUAUUGCUGAGGAUGUGCCAUCCUGCUCUUUAGCCUAUGAUCAAGUUCUAAAUAUUUCACUUGUUGAUCUUUCGGUUUCUGCUGGUUUGUUUGAUAGUAAAUCGGCUGCCCGGCGUUUGUUGAAGCAAGGUGGACUUUACUUGAACAACAGCAGAGUUGAUAGUGAGAGUAAGAGGGUUGAGCCUCAGGACAUUGUGGAUGGCAAAGUUCUCCUUUUGUCUGCGGGCAAGAAGAACAAGAUGUUAUACCUAUCCUGAAGUUUGCUCUGGCUCGAAAGAAAAAGGUGCUCUGUAGUAAAACCAUUCCGGAUAAGAUUUUGUUGUCUCCUUUUAUCUCAAACUAAAGAUGACAGUCGGUCACAGGGAUCACAUGCUUCCACUCUGCACUCUUACAUUUUCAGGAUGCCUCAUAUGGGAUGUCAACUUCUGGAUUCGCUUUUUUUUCUUCAUAUUAUAUUGAUGUUAAAAGUUGCUGGGUUCUUUUGUCAUAGACAUAAAACCAACCGUCCAAAUAACCACCACUCCUUCAUCUGGUCCUCAGUGUUUUACCCAAGUUAAAUAUAGCUUAUGGACCUUGUUGAGUUGCAGAGAAGAUGGAUCACUUUUCCGAAAUUCAAAAUUUCUGCCCUUAUUUUCUAUUAGUUUCUCACUGCUUUUAUCUCACGAAAUUCAUGUGUUCGAUGGGAUUCUUUCUUAGAUUAAUGAUCAUCAGUGGUGGUGUUUCAGUUCCUUAACGUUCACUGAAGAUUUCUUCAAAAUAGUAGUUGGUUGCUUACUAAAA